AGGGAAUCCGCUCUCCUCCCUCUCCCGUCACUCAGUCGCCUGGGUUGAGCCGAGGACUACAUCGGCCGCUGGAUUAUGUCGCUUGACCUCUGAUGCGCCGGCCGCUCUGGGGGUUUAUGAUAUUGACUGGGAUAAAGAUUGAAGCUGAACAGAAGAACAAGACGUCUGACAUCCGAGGAGGAGAAAGGAAAAAAAGGGGAUUCAAGUCUUUCCUGUGUGAGUCAGCGCACACGUGUCCCGUCGGCCGCGUGACCGAGUGGGGAGAGGCGGGGGUCUUUGGUGGCGGACCUUGGCGUCGCACGCUGAUGAUGGAGAGGAGGAGGAUGGGCGAGACAGACUUGCCGCUGCUCCCGCUGGUGGUGGCGGCGGCGGUGUUGCUGGGACAUCUCGCCGCAGCGCUGGAGGUUCCGCUCGAUCUGCCGCAGCCCCCGACUAUUACUCACCAGUCCCCCAAGGAUUACAUCAUCGACCCGCGGGAGAACAUUGUCAUCCAUUGUGAGGCCAAAGGGAAGCCUCAUCCCAGUUUCUCCUGGACGAGAAACGGGACUCACUUUGACCUGGAUCAGCACCCCAAUGUGCACAUGAGGGCCCACUCGGGGACGCUGGUGGUGGACAUCAGCAGGGAGCGGGCGGAACAUUACGAAGGCGCCUACCAGUGCACGGCUAGGAACAAACACGGGACGGCCGUCUCCAACGACAUCGUGGUGCGGCAGCCCAGGUCGCCUUUGUGGUCCAAAGAGAAGAUCAAGCCGAUCGUCAUUCAGGAGGGCGUGUCUUUGGUGUUGCCAUGCCGACCGCCCGCCGGCUUCCCUCCCCCAAUUGUUUUCUGGAUGGACAACAACUUCCAGAGGUUGCCCCAAAGCAACAGGGUGUCGCAAUCUUUAAACGGAGACCUUUACUUCUCCAACGUGCUGCGCGAGGACUCCAGGAACGACUACAUCUGCUACGCCCGCUUCCCGCACACGCAGACCAUCCAGCAGAAGCAGCCCAUCGCCGUCAAGGUCCUCAACCUGGACGCGAUCAAUGACACAAUGGAAGCUUUUUACAAUGACACUGAUUUGUUUAGUGAAGAGCCAGCGGAUGAGCGGAAGCCCACGUUCCUCCUCCCGUUGGAAGCAACCAGCUCCAAAAUGGUGCUACGUGGUCAGGUGCUGGAGAUGGAGUGCUUUGCCGAAGGACUUCCCACUCCUGAAAUCUCCUGGGCCAAAGUGAGCGGCGAACUCCCGGGCGCACGCGUCUCAUUCCUGCAUCACCAGAAAGUCUUGCGUAUCGUCAACGUGUCGGAGGCCGACGCGGGCGACUACCGGUGCACGGCAAGGAACCAGCUGGGCUCCGUCCACCACACCAUUCGGAUCACCGUCAAAGCCGCUCCAUACUGGAUCAGCGGCGCUCCCAGAAAUCUCGUCCUGGCCCCGGGAGAGAACGGGGUGCUCAUGUGCAGAGCCAGUGGCACAGCCAAGCCCAACAUCCAAUGGGCCAUGAAUGGCGUUCCCAUAGAGAACGCCCCGAAGGACCCCAGCCGGAAAGUGGAGGACGACACCAUCAUAUUCACCGAUGUGCAGAUGGGAUCCAGCGCCGUGUACCAGUGCAACAUCUCCAACCAACACGGCUACCUCCUGGCCAACGCCUUCGUUAACGUCUUGUCCGAGCCGCCCAGAGUGCUGACGCCGGCCAACGCGGUCUACCAGGUCAUCAAGAAUCACCGAGCCUUGCUGGAGUGCACUUCCUUCGGCUCGCCCAUCCCCAAAAUUACCUGGUUCAAGGAGAGUCGUUCCGGCACGCUAGACGCCGAGACUUACGAGGAGCACGACAACGGCACUUUGGAGAUCCGUGUGGCUCAGCCGAGGAAUAGCGGAAAGUACACCUGCGUGGCCCGCAAUUCUCUCGGUAUCUACGAGAAUCACGUGUACCUGGAAGUCAAAGAACCGACCCGGAUCCUGAAGCAGCCCGAGUACCGAAUGGUGCAGCGUGGCAAGUCGGUUGUGUUUGAAUGCAAAGUGAAGCACGACCCCUCCCUCGUGCCCACCAUGACGUGGCUCAAGGAUGACGGAGAACUCCCCGAUGACGAGAGAUUUGUGGUGGACGCCGACAGCCUGACCAUCGCCGACGUGAUGGAAAGCGACGCCGGCGUGUACACGUGCAUCAUGAACACAACGCUGGACCACGAUUCGGCCAGCGCCGAGCUCACCGUUGUCGAGCGGCCGGAACCACCGAGCGACCUGGAGCUGACGGACCACAAAAAGAGAAGUGUUCAACUCACCUGGAUUCCUGGCGACGAGCACAACAGUCCUAUUGAGAAAUUUUUGAUCCAGUAUGAAGACUCUCUCCACCACCGCAGAGGACACUGGCACAACCUUACCGAGGUUCCCGGGAGCAAGACCACAGCUCACCUGAAGCUGUCGCCCUACGUUCAUUACACCUUCAGAGUCCUUGCUGUCAAUUCCAUGGGUGUCAGCCGACCCAGUUUCCCCUCCAAGAUGUAUAAAACCGACCCCUCAGCUCCAGAUGAGAAUCCAACAGAUGUGCAUGGAUUUGGGACUGAACAUGAUAAUCUUGUCAUCUCAUGGAAGCCAUUGUCAGGCCUCCAGGCCAACGGGCCAGGGCUCCAUUACAGAGUGAUGUGGAGACAAAAGAUGAUGGAAACCGACUGGAUCACGGCAACCGUAGCCAACAACUCCAAGUUUGUCGUGUCCGGAACGCCCACGUUUGUUCCGUAUGUGCUCAAAGUUCAAGCCGUGAAUGACUUCGGCGCAGCGCCUGAGCCCGCCGUUGCCUCCGGCCUUUCUGGAGAGGAUCUUCCGAUUGCCGCUCCAGCAUCCGUGCAGGCGUACGUGCUAAACAGCACCCUGGCGGAAAUCCACUGGGAUCCCGUGCCUCCAAAACUAAUCCGCGGAUACCUCAAAGGCUACAUGGUGUAUUAUUGGCGAGAGCGUAGUCUGCACAAACACAACCCCCAUCACACGGAGAAGCAGAUCUUGACCUUCAGCGGCAACCACAGCAAAGGAAAGCUGCCUGGCCUGCACCCCUUCAGUGUGUAUUCGUUUAACGUCAGGGUCUAUAACGGCAAAGGAGAAGGUCCCCCGAGUCACAACCAGCAGUUUGAGACCCCCGAGGGAGUGCCCGGAGCGCCGACGUCCCUGACGGUCACCAACUCCAAUUUGGACUCUUUAAGCCUUGAGUGGAAGCCUCCUCGGGACCGGAAUGGACUCCUGACAGGUUACACCCUCAAAUAUCACCCGGUCAAUAACUCCAAUGAGCUGGGCCCAGAGGAGGAGCUGGCCCUGGCCGCCAAUGAGACCUCGGUCACUUUGCCCAACCUCAAGUACAGCACGCGCUACAAGUUUUAUUUGAAUGCCAAAACACGCGAGGGGCCCGGCCCGGUUGUUACGCAGGAGGCCAUCACCAUCGUGGAUGAAGCGCCGGCGGCCAGUCCUUUUGGCAGCGUUAACUCCUCCAGGGGAGAGGACGGCACCCUGAUCAGUUGGGAGUACUGGGGCCCGGACAGAAACAUUUAUUUAGAAUACGUAGUGGAGAACAGUGAAGGCGAAGACGAGUGGCGCAAAGAGCCGGUGAACGGCUCUCAGAACUUUAUGCUCAAGGGCCUGAAGGAGGGCCUCUCCUAUAGGGUGCGCUUGGUGGCCCAAGGUCACGCCGACCAAGAGCCCCAUCGCUCCAAGGAGCUCACGGUGACGGUGCCAGCUGUGGCGAGCAGACAGGUGGACAUCGCCACGCAGGGUUGGUUCAUCGGCCUCAUGUGUGCCAUCGCCCUCCUCAUCCUCAUCCUCCUCAUCAUUUGCUUCAUCCAGAGGAACAAAGGAGGCAAAUAUCCAGUCAAAGAGAAGGAGGACGCGCACACAGACCCGGAGUUCCAGCCCAUGAAAGACGAAGACUGCACUUUUGGGGAAUACAGUGACAAUGAGGACCAUAAACCGUUAAAAGGGAGCCGCACGCCAUCGAGCGGGACGGUUAAGCGGGACGACAGUGAUGACAGUUUAGUAGACUACGGGGAAGGAGGCGACGGCCAGUUCAACGAGGACGGCUCGUUUAUCGGCCAGUAUAGCGGAAAGAGCGCCAGCCGGGACACCACCACCGGCGCUGAGGGCCUCGAAAGCUCUGAGGCGCCGUCCCCGAUUAAUGCCAUGAACUCCUUGAACUCCUUCGUGUAGCCUCACCAUCCAACAAUAAGGACAUGUAUGCGGCAUGGCGUAACCUUCACUGAGACGCUUUUAGGAAGGCGAAAACCGAAGGCCUUUACCAUUAACAUCCCCUCUUUGGACUAAAUAGACAUUUUCACCAGUAUGGUUUGGUUUCCAGUCUCUCCUUUUAGAAGUGGCUACCAUUUCUACCAACAGUUUUGUUUUUUCUGUUUGUAAGUUGCAAAAUUGCUAGCUUGCUAUCAGAUUCGUUAGCACACAAACUAGCUAUCUGUACGUAGCAAAACAUAACAAUUUUCCAGAAAACUGUAAUGGUAUUUUAGCAUUGCAACUGUUUGGCUAGCUAAAUGCUAGCCAGCAUACAAAACUUUGUACACAUUUUUGCUACCUCCAUGGUGUGUUGUUUUGGGGUUCGUUUUGUUAGCUCGCUAGCCUACUUUUCAUUCAGUUAGCGAAAAUACUUUGCGGUGCUCAGGGAUGGGGGCGCCAAUGGACCAGUACCCCACCAAAAUAAUAAUGGUACUGUCCAUCCGUCAUCUUCCAUAAACCAGGAAGCAGGUUGCCACCUAAAAGUGGAUACAAAUAUGGUGAUAAACAUGACAAAGCUUAUGAUGACCCAAGACUUUUUUUCUCCGUAUUAAGCGAGAGAAUCACAGGCAUGCUAGUCGAUUGUUGCAUCAUGAAUCGUGGCAUGGCAUGUCCCCAUCCAAAACCAUGCACACCCCUGCCCCAAUGUGCGCCUUAAUUUGACUUUUGCUAAUUGAUGUGCUAGUGCCUUUACUUCAUGCUAAGGGCCGUAUUACAUUUAUGACAAAACACGCUGGGACAUCAAGCUAGUGCUGUCUUAACUAAGCCUUGUUGCAUGAGCUGAUGAAGUCUAAUUUCAAUUGAUUGAAAGAAAUAUUUGGAUGAGUAUAAAGAUAGAGGAUUUGGGGAUACAUUUUAUGGAAAUCAAACAAACCUAAUAUGUAAAAUAAUAUUUUAACUCCGUUACAGAUUUUCCUCAGCAGGAUUGAGUUGUCUCUGCCAAUGUAAUAAGAUUUUUGCUUUUACGAGUUUUGUUUUGUCAUUGAGGGCUGGGUCUACGGGGGAAAAUUUGGCGCCGAUUUUUUUUCAGGAUAAGCAGCACACUUUCUUAAUUGCUUGAUUGAGUUGUCAACGCAACGACCACAUUAAAAAUGAAAAUAUCCUGCAGCUUCCACACGUUUUAUCCAUUUUUUUUACAAUGAUAAUGUGUUGACUUGUACUAACGACGCUUCUUGAGAGCCUUUAUAUGGGAUCAAGGUUUCUUUUUUCUUAACUUGCAUCAAGUUUGACUUUUGUUUUUAUUAUGGUAUGGUAUGACUUGUAGAAUAUUUUGUUGAAAUAUGUAAAUAUACCCUUCAAGUGGAUUGUACAGGGCUUGCGAGGGAGGCGACGUGCAUGAUUUCUAAUGUUCAUAGGACUAUUAAAUGUAGAGAAUAUAUAUACAUAUAUAUAUAAAUAUACAGUAAUCCUUUUUUGCUGUGCAUUGUGUACAUACUUGAUGUUAUUCGGUAACAAACUGGACAGAGACAAAUCAUAUACGCCUGAUUUAAUUACUUUUUUUCCAGAUAUUGCUUGUCCGGGUGACACAUUUCUACACUGCCAAAAAAAAUGUUUUCAACAAUAUUUCAGCUUGGUUUUUUUUGUAUUUAAGAAACAAAUUUGUACUAACACAAUACUUCAGUUGUUUGUAUGUAAUUUCUUUUUGUUUUAGUUAAAGUAUGGAUCUUCAUACGGGAG